AUGCUCUCCCGGUCUUUUGCUUCUUCCCGAACCGCUGCUGUUGCCCGAUCGGCUGCUGCCCGCAGAGCUUUCUCCACUUCAGAGGUCUCUGGCGUCUCCGUCGCUGUCCGUGAAGACCUGCGUCCCGUUUCUAAGGUCUCCGUUGUCGUCAAGGCCGGCUCUCGUUAUGGCUCCACCCCUGGUGUUGCUCACCUUCUUGAAAAGUUCGCCUUCAAGAACACCGCCAACCGCUCUGCCCUCCGUCUUGUUCGCGAGUCUGAACUCCUCGGCGGCGAGCUUUCCUCCUCCAUUUCCCGUGAGAACAUUGUUCUGACAUCCUCCUUCCUCAGAGAAGACCUCCCCUACUUUGUCGAGGCUCUUGCUGACACCACCCAAAACGGCCUCUUCAAGAAGUACGAGCUCAUUGAGGACGUCGCCCCCAUUGCCUUUGCUGAGGCUGCUAAGGCUGCCUCCAGCCCGGCCUUGGCCUCCGAGCAAGCUGCUUAUGAGAUUGCUUUCCGAUCUGGCCUCGGUGAGUCCAUCUACGUCGAGCCUUACUCCCCUGUCUCCAUUGAGCAGGUCGCUGAUUAUGCCAAGGAGGCUUACACCAAGGCCAACAUCUCUAUCGCUGCCACCAACGUUGUUGAGGCCGACCUCAAGGCUCUUGUCGAGGAGCACUUUGCCGGUCUCUCUGUUGGCGAAGCCAUUGCCACUGCUCCCUCCAAGGUCUUUGGUGGUGAGUCCCGUGUCAAGGCCGCCGGCUCCUCUGCCUUGACCCUCGUUUUCCCCUCCACAUCUACCUCCGCCGCUUCCGCCGUCCUCGCCUCUCUGCUCGGCGGUGUUUCCACUAUCAAGUGGUCCACCGGCUCUUCACUCCUUGGCGUCGCCUCGACCAAGUCCGGCGCUUCCGUCAAGGCCUCUUACACCCCUUACUCCGACGCUUCUGUCCUCGCCAUCACCAUUGCUGCCGACGACGCCGCUGCCGUUGCUGAGGCUGCUAAGCUUGUUGCUGCCGACCUUAAGGCCGUCGCCGCUGGCACCGCUGCCGAGGCUGUCCCCAAGGCUGUUGCCCAGACCAAGUUUGCCCAGGCUCUGGCCUCUGAGGGCUCUCUCCCCGUUUCCGUCUUGGACGCUUCUGCUGUCACGGCUGAAGCUGUCGCUGAGGCUGCCGCUACUCUCCUUAAGGGCCCCAUUGCUCUGGGUGCUGUUGGCAAGGUUCACAGCCUGCCUUACCUCGACGAGCUUUUCUAA